GGGGAGGCGAAGUGUCAAAGAGGAGCGGAGGGAUAACUUGAGAGAAAGAGCAUGAGCACGCCAUCCUCAGGUCAGAAGACCCCAGUGGACUACGGUGUCCAGAUCCGCUUCAUCAAUGACCUCUGCGACACUGGUGGUGGGCAGCCGGGGUCCCAGCCCAAGCCCAAGCCCAAGACCCAGACCAGCUCCAAGUACGGUGUGGCGGUCAGGGUGCAGGGUAUCGCUGGCCAGCCGUAUGUGGUCCUGAAGGAUGGAGAGAAAGGAGACUCGUAUGGAGUCCAGAUCAAGACCCAGUACCCGUCUGGCUACAGUAGCCUUCCCCGGGGGAGAGAGAAGGCAGAGCCAGGAACACAGGGGGUAGAUGUAGCAGGAGGAAGCAGAGGAGGGCAGGGAGGGGCACUUCGCCGGGCCCAGUCCCAUGGGUCACUACUGGACAGGGAUGCAGACAAUGAGGAUUUUCAGCUGUCUCGGCCACCGGGGGAUGGGAAGUCUGGUAGUUAUGGGAACCUGGAUGGAGGAUUAGGAGUCAGAGGGGAGAGAGAGCAGCCUCGGCGUGGCAGUGGUAGAGAGGGGGACAUGGAAAGGAAUAUGUGGGAUGGUUCAUAUCAGGCAGGGCUCAACGGGUCACUUGGGUCAGUGCGGGGCACUCAGCCCUACCCUGACCGUCCUCAACAAACAAAUGAGUUUCACUCUAAUCAGAGACAGAGGGCUGUCAACAGACUAGUAAACAGGUUUGAUGGUGGUAACACUGGGGGCCAGCAGAGAGGCCUCCCUCCUCCACAGCAAGAUCCCAGAGUUACAUCUCCUAUCCUCACCUCCAACCCCUACACCUCACCUCCGUCCUCAACUCACAGCAGCUUGGGACGCAGCCAAGACGCUCUCAACACAUUUUCAGGACACUCCACUAAUCAGUGGUCUUCACCAGGGAGACAUGCUCCAGUGGCGACACCGCAGGCCAGUCUGACUGAGGCACAAGGUCAGAGUGCAGAGAUGUGCAUUGAGGAGGAGCAGGCCAUGCAGACUAUUUACAACAUCCUGAGACAAGGAACUAACGAGAGUGAUGUUGUCACUAUGCACAAAGUCAAGCUCAUCUGCCAGAAGAUUCAGAAUAUAAAGUCCAAAGAAGGGCCGAGGGAAGAGUGGAUGAGAGAAAAGAGGGAGCUUGAGAGAAAGAUGGCUGAACUACAAACUGCCUUGCAAGAGGAAAGAAGGAGCUCUGUUAGCAAUUCUGAUCCUGCCCUGAAAGCUGAGCUGGAGUCCUGUCUGGAUGAAAAUCUGCAACUCCGGGAGAUGCUGGACCGGAAGAAGAUAGAAUUAAAUGAAACACAAUCAGAGCUGACUCAGCUGCGUAUGGAUAGGGAGAACGCUGAGGCACGGGUCAGAGAGAUGGAGGACCAGCUGGCUGAGCUUCAGGAUGAACUGAGAAGAGAAAACGGCAACAAGACGGACCUGAUGUCUUGUCAGGCACAGCUGAUGGAGGUCGGCCAGCUGAAACACAAGCUGGAGGAGACGUUGAGACAGAGAGAGAGGGAGCUGACGGCUCUGAAAGGAGCGCUGAAGGAAGAGGUGGCCACACAUGACAAAGAGAUAGAGGCGCUCAGAGAGCAGUACAGUGCUGACAUGGAGAAGCUCCGCAGCAGCAUGGAGCAGGUAUCUCAGUCUCACGCAGGGAUCGAAUCAGAGCGGCUACGUGUCAAUGCAUCAGUUCGCUCUCUGCAGCAGCAGUUGGAGGAGUGUAGAGACGAGAGCAGCCACUGGAUGGAGCAGUUUCAUGCCACCAGAGAUGAACUUCGAACAACUAAACAAGAACUCCUGCAAGCUCGUCUGGAAAAAGAGGAGUUUGAGGAGGAACUGAAGGAGCUCCAGGAAAAAGUGAGCACCAUGAAACAACAGAUACCAGACCCUGGCCACACGCACACUCUCAACCAGGAACUUCAGCGAUGCAAUGCUGAUCUGCAGAAGGCAAAGUCUGAGGUGGAAAAGCACAGGACAGACUUUGACAGGAAGGUCAUGGAGGUCAUCUCCAUAAAAAAAUCUCACCAGAGCCAAGAGGCAGAAUUGAAGUAUGAGAUUGACAGGCUAAAGGACCAAUUACAGAGGGCCAAAGAUGACAUUUCCAAGGCACAAGAGAAAAACAAACGGCUCCCAGACCCAGCCACAAUCUCAGAGCUGGAGCAGAAUCUUGGUGAGGCACGUGGUGAAGCUAGUCAGCUCAAAGAGAAACUCUCACUGGCUGAAGAGGAACUCGAGGCCAGUAAAACACAUCUCACUAGAGCUCAGCUGGACAUGAAAUCGCUCCAAGAUUCCCAGCAGGAGCAGCAAGAGGCCAACACACGUCUGAGAGAGAAACUCUCACGGUUAGAGGCUCAGCUGCAGACCAACGCCACAGAGAGCUCAGAGGCAGAGCUCGCCCUACACUCUGAGGUGAGAGGCCUGAGAUCUGAGCUAGAUGAGGCCAAGAGAAAAGCCUCCAGACUGAGCCAAGAUAACCGUGAACUCAGCCUGCGCCUGGAGGAUACAGAGAAAGACAAGGAGACACUCAAACAGACCGUCAACCAGCUGGAAGAGACCAAACAUCAGCAGGAGAGAGCUCUAGAGAAACUCAACAAAGAGUAUGAGUCUCUGACCAUGUCCUCAAGAGAGGAGGCACAGGCUCUCAGGGUUCAGCUGGAGGAGCAGAGAGAGAGAGCACGCAAGGAAAUGCAGGAGGUGCAACGUCAUGGAAACGACGCUCAGACGGAGCUGGAUAGAAGCCACAUAAAUCUAAGGAGACUGGAGGAAGAAAUGUCACGGCACAAGAAGGAGCUCCUGCUUGUAUGCGAGGAGAGAGACAACCACCAGCUGGAUAAAGAGCUCCUCACCAACAGACUGCGCCACCUUGAGGGAGAGAUAGAGGCCAGCAAAAACAACCACAACGAGAAAACCCGGGAGAUUCGUAUCCUGGAGGACAAGCUGAAGCGGAUGGAGUUGGAGCUGGAGGAGGAGAAAAGCAGUGUGGAGAUGCUGACAGACCGGGUGGCCAGGAGCAGAGACCAGAUCGAUCAGCUCCGCUCUGAGCUCAUGCAGGAGAGGUCAUCCAAACAGGACCUGGAGCUGGACAAGAACGCCAUGGAGAGACAUCUGAAGGAGCUGAGGAGUCGUGUGGCUGACAUGGAGGGCCAGUCUCGCUCCUCAGCAGGAGUCUCCCAGCUGGAGAACAAGAUCCAAGAGCUUGAAGAACAUCUACGAAUUGAGGAACGGGAGAAGAACUCUGUGUUGGCAUCUCAACGUCGUCUUGAGAGGAAACUUAAGGACCUCAAUAUGACGCUGGAUGAGGAGAGACACACACAAACCGAACAGAGAGACCAGCUUGCUCUGAGGGUGAAGGCCCUGAAGAGGCAGGUGGAUGAAGGAGAGACAGAGCUGGAAAGAAUAGAUGGACUCAGAAGAAAAGCUCAGAGAGACAUGGAGGAACAGGUGGAGCUCAAAGAGGCCUUGCAGACCAGAGUCACAGCUCUGGAAGCUGAGCUCAAGAGGAAAACUCAGGCAGCAAUGCGCCCAGCUUUGGAUUCAUCAGCCCUCAGCUCGGAUGAUGACGACAGCCUUUAUGACCCGUCCACAAUCACCUCCAUCCUCACUGAGAGCAACCUCCAGACCAGCUCCUGUUGAAGCCGAACUUUCGGGACAGGACCAGGGCGUGGAAAUAUCGCACUGCCAAGUUAAAAACAAGCGUAGCACUACAGACAAUGAGGGAAGGAUACAAGGAUCUAGGAGGAAAAUUUACAUAUUGUAGAAGUUAGUAGGGGGAUGAUUUUCCACACGAGUGAAUGGAAGGAAGCAAAACAUCCUCUUCAUUUCAGGGAAUUCAAUUCAGUCUACAGUGUAAACAGAUGUUCUCCACGGUACAGUUGUAAUAACGCCAUUUCAUGCGCAUAGUACACCACCACCACCACCAAUACAUCUCAAACCAAUUUAAGGUUAAGAUUCUUGAGUCAAGCACUUAUGGUACUAUGUCAGGCUUUGACUGAAUUAUAAACAAUACUUUCAUCAUUUCCUGGUGCUGACAGUUUAUAUGUUGUAGUUUUCUCUGUAGCACAGCUGUCAGCUGACUGAACUCACAAAUUCUGUAGCAUGCACAAAAGGUAGGUAGAAUGGACUGAAUGCUGACACUGAGUACAUUAUGAUAGCCACAAGUGAUUGAAAACUGCAAUACGAUUAAACGCUUAUGUUGUUUUUCUGAAAGUUAAUGAGUAACCAGAUUUAAUUGUUUAGAUAUGACAAAUGAUUCUUUACUGAAUGAAAUCUGAAUUUUGUUUAUUGAAAACAAAAUAUAUUUCUGUGUAUAUUUUUCAAUAUGGAAUAUGUCUGUCCUGUGCCUGAAGUUUACUCCACUUUCCAGUCUUCGGUGUCACACGGUACACAGUGUCGGGAUUCUGAGUGAUAAAAUUUGACAAAAUAUGACACUAAUAGCAACUCAAAUGGAUUUUCUUGGGCAGGAACACAAAUUCUGCUUCCAAACUAGUAAUAAAUAGCACAAAUGUGACAGAAACCUCUCUUUACUACACAGGUUGAGAUUAAUUUCAGCUUUCCUUUGCCAAGUCUUAAAGUGAUUUUCCACUUUUAAAGCAAAAUAGUGGCCAAAUAUCUUCUCUGUGUGGUAGAAACUUAACGUUUUUUUGUUGAAGCUGCACAAUGUCUAUGCAUUCCCUUAUCUUAAGUCAAUGAAACAUAUAUACUCUCAUUUCAUUACGAUGCCUUAAAAUUGCUGCAAAAUAAUUUGUUUUUUGACUUGUUAUUCUUAUCAGAAUGUUUUUUUUUGUAAAGUGUUUGUAUUUAACAUUUGUAGAUUUUUUUUUGAGUCUUAAGCUGACUUUGUAAACACUUUGAACAAUCAGUUGAAAUUAUAAUUGUAUUACAUUUUGUUGCAAUGUAAUGUUUCUCUUUCUCUUUCCAGCAAAACUGGAAACUGGUACAUAUGAUUUAGAUUUAGACAGUUGAGUAUAAAUAUGUUGAAUUAAAGCUGCUGGUAUAUACUGUAAUUGUUGACUGGAAAAUUUUCACACUGUAACUAAUUCACA